CAAUUGGUUUUAGAACGAAAAGAUACUUGCAAGUUACCAGAAUUGCCAUAUCUAUUAUCUGAUUAUAAAAUAUUCAUUGAUAUUCGACGAGGUCCUGGGAUAGGUCACAUAGUAUAUGAUGAGAGAACAAAUACACAAUAUGUGAACGUUACAGGAUGUCCCAAUGAAUCAACCUUUAAAUAUCACUUUAAGACGAUGGGACCAAACUGGGCCACAUGGAAUCAGAAUAAAGAUGGAUUACUUGAAAUAAGUGAGAAUUAUGUAUUUCUUCAAUGCAAUGACAAAUCUAAUGCUAGCAUGAUAAGAAAAGAGAUCAAGAAAGUAGAUGCUAAAUACAAUGAAAAACUCGAAUAUCCAAUACAUUCUCAAUCUCUUGUUGACGACGUAGUAACUAUUCUUCUUGAUGGUGAAGCAAGAGAAAAGUUUAAACAGGAAUUUGUUCACCUAAUGAAUUUUUUUCAAAAUGCAGAAAAAUAUACCGGUGGAACGCAUAAAUGGUUUUCAAUGGAAAGAUAUAAUGUCUUAGAUUUUAAUUCUGUAACAAAUAAACCAUUCAUUUAUUCUGGUCAAAGUAAACAAAAAUUAGAGUCUAAACAAUACGGGAAUUGGAUCUGGGAUGCAUUUGAAGAGCAAGGAUUUAUUACUGGUCAUACUGAUGGGUCAUGUGGAGGAUUCGUGGAUCCUUUAAAUUGGGAUCCUGGAGAUGCUACAUAUUUUUACAUGCAAGAAAAGUUACGAGAUGGAUAUAAACGUAUACAGCCAGGAUUUCACUAUUUUCCAACGGAUUCUAUCUGUGAUAAUAUUUCCAUGUUGAAGAAUUUUGGGACUUCGUGUCAAUUCCUAAAUGGCACAAAUGAAACUAUAUUUAUGCAAGGUUUCACGUUUGGACCAGGACCAUAUUGUAUGGGCCACAAGACAAUAUCACAACAUACACUGGAUUGGGUUGAAGAAUUCCUUAAGACAUACUCUGAAAAAAAACGUUUCAUAAGUGCAACUUUCUUGGAUACUCAUGUUAAUGGGCAUUGGCACACAGCAUUCGAAGAUGACUUAUUAAAUUUACUUAACAAGAUGAUUGUUGGAAAUAAAAUGACUGGUGAAAAGCCUUUGUUAUCUAAAAAUAGUGAUCAUGGAAUUCAUUAUGGUGAUGAAUAUUCAUUUUAUGAAGGCUACAUUCAUCACAAACAACCUACCAUGAUGGUAUUAUUUCCUACUCAACUUUUGAAAUCUCAUCCGAAUUUUGAAGCGUCUCUUGAAUUUAAUAAAUAUAUUUUAUCAACGCAUAUGGAUCUUCACCAAACUCUUUUACAUCUUGCUUAUGGAGGUUUUGGUGAUAAAUACAUGCCAAAAGUGUUAACCUCGAACCUCAAUGAUUAUAUUGAAUAUAAUCAAUUUAUAAACAAUUUCCUUACUAAUUCUUCAUUUCCAAAAAUCAAUAACCAAAAUUCUCACAAAAUUAAAACAGACGCGCAAAUAUAUGGAAAUUCAUUCUUAAUACCAAUGAAUGAACAACGGACAUGUGAAUCGUUAAACAUUCCUGUAGAAUUUUGUCCAUGCACUAAUUUUACUAACUUAGACUAUAAUAAUAAUGAACACAAGAAAAUUAUAGAUACCGUUAUUUCUAAGGGUAUAAAAAUUAUCAAUAACUUUUUAAUAGAACAUAAUUACAAUUUAGUAUGCAAAACUUUUAGCCUAGAACCUACUAUCAAUAGUAGUAAUAUUUCUAUAUCAUUUAAAAGUGGAAUUGCAUCGUUCUCAUCUAAAAUGUAUAGAGUUACUGUUAAAGUAAAAGAGUAUGAUUCUCUAUUAACAAUAAGCACACAUCAUGAUCCAGUAUGGUCUACUGAUUUUUUUGAUAUAUCACAAGAUACUUUGUUUAUGGAGGAAUGGGAUAAGUGUCGUCCAAGAUUAAGAAAUGUUUUGGGGGAACUUGCAGAUAAAGCAGAAGAUGAUAAUGAAAAGAUUGUGAGAAAUUUUUGUUUUUGCACAAAUUAA